CGGAAGGAAUUCCUUCCCGUCAACCAACGGGGUUGCACGCGCUAGCUCGACGGCUUGUAAGUCAUUGGGUCGCUUCGGCUGCGCACUUGCACGUACGGACGCUUGCUUUUAAUAGUAAUAGCUGAUUGACUCGCCUUCAGUCAUCUGUUCUCUCUCUCUCUCUGAACAGCGAGCCACAGAGGUAUUACAGAAGGCUCUCCUCAUUCAGUUCUAGUGCAAAUCGAUCCUUUAAGCCCAUGUAUUGAGGCUUCAAAACAGAAAAUGAACGGUCUAAAGCUUUUCAGCUUGAUCUUUGUGUUAACUUCUUUGCAUCAUACUACCGAAGCUGACAAUGAAGGAGACGCAUUGCUUGCUCUAAAACUAAGUCUUAAUGCUUCUGAAAUUCAACUAUCAAGUUGGGCCCAACAGAACGUUGAAAAAUGCACAUGGGAAGCUGUGAAUUGUGAUAAUAACAGUAAUGUAGUUCGAGUGGAACUGUCUUCCAUGAGAUUUACAGGGGUAUUGUCACCACGAAUUGGAGAACUCAAGCAUUUGGAAGCUUUGUUCAUAGGAAACAACAGCAUUACUGGUGGAAUACCAGCUGAAUUUGGAAAUUUGGCAAGUUUGAGAACUCUCAAUUUGGAGAAUAAUCGUUUGAGUGGAAGCAUACCUUCUUCCCUCGGCAGGUUGCAAAAUCUCCAAACAUUAAGGUUGGCAUUUAACAAUUUGACUGGGAAAAUACCAGAAAGAUUAUUUAACAUUCCAUCUUACAAUUUUACUGGCAACAAAUUAAACUGUGGCCAAGGUUAUCAGUACUUGUGUGCCUCUGUUCUGCUCAAUCAAGGAAGAUCACAUAAUUUUAAGACUAGGUUGAUUCUGGGAAGUAUUGGAGGAGCAGUUAGCUUCCUUCUUACUGGAAUUGUUUGCCUUCUCUGUAUGACUAGAAGAAAAUCUCGCAAACAUGAAGUUUUUGUUGAUGUUCCAGGAGAAGAUUAUCGAUUAAUAGCAUUAGAUAAAUUGAAAAGAUUUACAUGGCAAGAAUUACAACAAGCAACCGAGAAUUUUGCCGAGAAAAAUGUUGUGGGACAGGGAGGUUAUGGAAAAGUUUAUAAAGGAGUGCUUCAGGGCAACAUGAAUAUUGCAGUAAAGAGAUUGAAAGAUGGUCUGAGUUCAUUUAAUGAAUCUUCCUACCUGCACGAGCUUGAGAUGAUAAGCAUAGCUGUGCAUCAAAAUCUUUUGAGGUUGAUUGGCUUUUGUACAACAGCCUCAGAAAGGCUCUUAGUUUAUCCAUUUAUGCCCAAUUUAAGUGUUGAUUAUCAUUUAAGAGAGCUGAAGCCCGAAGAUCCAGUUUUAGAUUGGUCGACGAGAAAACGGGUGGCUCUUGGAACCGCUCGAGCUCUGUCAUAUCUUCAUGAGAGUUGCAAUCCGAAGAUCAUCCAUCGUGAUGUCAAAGCCGCGAAUGUGCUUCUUGAUGAGAACUUUGAGGCUGUAGUUGGAGACUUUGGCUUGGCAAAGCUGGUGGAUAUGAAGAAAACAUCUGUAACUACUCAGAUUCGUGGAACUCAAGGUCACAUAGCGCCUGAAUAUAUAGCCACAGGCAGGGCAUCCGAGAAGACUGAUGUUUUUGGUUAUGGCAUCAUGCUUCUUGAGCUGGUCACUGGACAAAGUGCUAUAUGCUUUGAAGGAAGAGAUGACUUGCUUCUGCUUGAUCAUGUGAGAAGAAUGGAGAGGGAAAACCAUCUUAAUUCCAUAGUGGACAGAAACCUGAGACAAAACUACAAUCAUGAGGAAGUGGAGAUGAUGAUAAGGGUUGCUCUUCUCUGCACACAAACAUCACCCAAGGUGCGACCUUCAAUGUCCAAAGUGCUCCAGAUGUUGGAAGGAGAAAUGCUAGCAGAGAAAUGGGAAGAAUGGCAGGAGCUUGUAGUUGCUAGAGCUGGCAAGUGCAAGGAUCAUGAAAGCCAAUAAUAAGAUAAGUUGAUACUAAGUAUGAUAAAUUUAAUUGCUUUGAGUGUAUUAUAUAGAAGAGUAGGAUAUUAUGUGAUAAACGAUAUCAUGAUGACUUAAAAAGAUAAAUUUUAUAAAUUUAUAAUCAAGAUUAUAGAUGGUUUUGUAUGAACCCGAGUAUUGUUUAGCAAAAAGUUAUUGAUAGCCA